AUGAAUUCGCCAAUAUCACCACAAACUCCUUUGAGCUUCGAAUUAAAAACAAUUAUAAACAACAGAAAUGUUUUGAGUAUGAGGAGUCGCAUGAGAGUACUUAACAGUCUGAAUGAAAGUAAUCAGAAACAUUUAGAAGAAAAGGAAAAAAAUCUAAGAUCUCAAGCAGUGCAAGAAAUUUUAACAACGGAAGUUACUUAUUUACAUCAAUUGGAAAUCUUAAUGGAGUUCUUUAUACAACCUAUGGUUAAAAAAAAAUUAUUAGAUCACAUUCUCCUUUCAACAUUGUCUGAAAACAUAAAAACAUUGUACAAUGUUAGUGGAGAAUUAGUUAUGGAAUUAAAACAGGACCCACACAACAUAGCUGGUGCAUUCCAUAAACUUGCUCCAUUUUUUAAAUUAUACUCUGUUUAUGCUUAUGAUUAUGAACAAGUUUUAUCUUUAUUACAGUCAAAACAAGAGAGUAACUUUGCAUUUAAAGAUUUUAUCAGUAAACAAGAAUCAAGACCAGAAGUUGGUAGAAAAUUACCUUCAUUAUUAAUUACACCUAUACAAAGGGUACCUAGGUAUAAAUUACUUUUACAAGAAGUCUUGCAACAUACUCCAAAUAAACAUAAAGAGUAUAAUCUUUUACAAGUAUGCUUAGUAGAAAUUGAAAAAGCAGCAAGACAUAUAAAUGCUUUAGUUGAACAGCAUGAAGAAGCACAGAAGUUAUUAAAACUUCAAAGAUGUAUUAUGAAUCCAAUUAAUUUGGUGAAACCUGAUAGAAAAUUGAUUAAACAAGGUGCUUUAAUGAGAGUGUCAAGACGAGGGAAUUCUGCAUAUAGAAGAUAUUUUGUUCUUCUCAGUGACACUUUACUAUAUUGUAAGGGAGAUCCACAAACUUCAUUAACUGUUUGUUGCGUUUUACCUCUGAAUAAAUGUAAAGUUGAAUGCGUUUUAAGCGGCGGAUUGUUUCGUGUAACUUGUUUAAAUGAGAUACUCUUACUUUAUUCAGAGAAAGACGAUAGCAAUUUAUGGAUAGAAGCAAUACAAAACUCUAUAAAAAAGUAUGCAGAAUGUAGACAGACUUUACGAAAAGAUAGCAGUUCAAGAAAACCAUUGAGACAUAAUAAUCUUAAUCUUUUUCCAUCUGAAAAUAUACCAGUAGUAGCCAAUAAGAGAAAAAGAUCAGAUGGAGAAUCUGAGGUUAAUCUGGAUGCAUCAAGGAUUAUGUAUCUCAAAAAAGAUAACGAAGCAGAUGCAGAUGUACAACUGGAAAAUAAUUGCUUCAUACUAUUAAAAAGAUUUAAGAAACUGAAAAAUAGUAAUAAUUCAGAAUAUGUUGAAUCAUGUUUACAUAAUAUUAAUUGUAAUGUUAUGGGCAAAGAAAAUGAAUAUUUUCUAGAGAACACAGCACCGUCUUUAUCACCUGUUUCAUCUUCAAAUUUUGAACAAGCUACGUCAACAUUGAAAUGUGUUACUGAUUUUUUUUUAUCUAUUGGAUCAUCUUUAAAAGAGUUUUUUAGAUUUAAAUAAGACAAUUAUAGU